AUGAGUUUACAUGUCGUUAUUGAUUACUAUGAUGAAUCCAUAUUACAAAAACUACCAAACAAGACCGCUCAUCUUACUACUUUGUUUCAAUCCACUGGACUCGCUAAUGGUCAACAAGGGUUUUUAAAUGUUACUGAUACUUCUGUAGAAGUUAAAUUUGGUUCUGCUGUUCAAGUUUUGCAAAUUAGUUCUCUGAUCAUGCCACCAGGCAUUGAGAACUCUAAUACUCCUCCAGCGCCAAAGGCGGCUGCACCAGCCCCAUCAAAGUCGAAAACACCACCUUCUGCUGACAGCCCAUCUAAGUCACCAUCAAAAUCUCCACCUCCAGAGUCAUCUGACGAUAAAGCUCCAACAUCAUCAAAAAAGGCUUCUCCGCCAAAAGCUUCUGAUUCUCCUCCUUCACCGACUCCUGCUGCCGCUGACGCUCUUGGUGGUGCUUCUGCCAGUAAGUCUUCGGGUUCGAGAGUAAUGACUUCUGGUGUCGUCGUUGCCGUAUUCGUAGUGGUUGUUUCUUGUUUUGGGGUUGCUUUGUAA